GACAAGGUCCACAAGUUCAUGUUACCUUUUUGACGUGCAUCAUGGUUGAUUGGAUGGCGGUUGAUUUAGCCUUGCAAAUGAGCAUUCAAUCAUUUUUAAACAUUUUGCAUAGUUAUUAAUACUCCACUGCCUUUUGGAAUAAGUUACCCAUCGCUUCUUAAGCGUUCAGUCCUUCCAAGAAGAUUGACAAUCGUUACGGAGCGGUAGAAAACACUACUGUACCAUGGUGAAUGUGGUACUGUUUGUGUUUCUAGUGAGUUUGAGCGUUGUAUAUUGCGAGAGUGAUCAUGGAGAUGGCGAAAUAUACACUAAUACUUGGGCAGUUGAACUUGACUCGCACGAUGAAGAAUUAGCGCACAACAUAGCAGAAAAUCUUGGAUUUAAGAACAACGGACCAAUAGCAAACUUACCUGGAUAUUUUGCGUUUGUUCACGAAAAAUCGGAGAGACGUCAGAGACGAAGCAGUCAUACACAACUUCUAGAUCACCCGCGCGUGAAGUGGGCUGAACAACAAACAGUACUUAUCAGACAGAAACGCGGUUUUAACACUUGGGACGAAGCGCUAAUGCUAGUCGAACGUGCGCAGAGAAAUCGCAGAUUAUUUAACGACCCGCUGUGGAAAAAUCAAUGGUAUAUGGGUACUUUAGACUUUGCUGAUACCAGAGGAAACCUUGGUGUCUUGCAAGCUUGGAAAAUGGGAUACACGGGUAAAGGAAUUGUGGUGACUAUUGUUGACGACGGGUUGGAUCACACUCACCCGGACUUGAGUAAAAAUUACGACGAGGCUGCAAGCUUAGACGUAAACAAUAAAACUAGUGUUGGAGUUGAUCAUGAUCCAACGCCAGAUGAUACCAACCUUUCCAACGAUCACGGAACGAAAUGCGCUGGAGAAGUCGCCGCCGAGGCCGAUAAUAAUAUUUGUGGUGUAGGAGUUGCGUACAACGCAAAAAUUGGCGGUAUACGGAUGCUCGACGGAACUAUUACGGACCAAAUUGAGGCAGAAGCCCUGGGAUACAACUGCGAUUAUAUCGACAUUUUCAGCGCAUCUUGGGGACCUAAAGAUGACGGGAAAACAUUCGGCAAACCCGAGAGACUCGGUAGUGGCGCCAUGGAGAAAUGUGUUCGAGAAGGCAGAGAUGGAAAGGGAGUUUUGUAUAUCUGGGCCACUGGCAAUGGUGGAGCCAGCCAGGAUGAUUGUAGCUGCGACGGUUAUACGUCAAGUAUCUAUACUCUGUCUAUCGCCUCUGUGAGCGCCAAUGGAUGCAAAACGUUUUACGACGAGAGCUGCCCUUCUACAAUGGGCGUGGUCUUCACCGGGGAUGUUGGCUCGCAGUGCAGUAAGCGAGAGUCCUACAGCCAUCUUGUAACAACUUCUCUGUUUCACAAGUGUGUGACAUCGUUUUCUGGAACAUCCUGUGCGGCUCCCUUGGCAGCUGGAAUCUUUGCGCUGGUUUUGGAGGCAAAUCCUGACCUUACUUGGCGAGAUAUGCAGCACUUGGUUGUUAAAACCGCGCGCAAAAAUGAGCCUGACAGCCCUUCGUGGAGCACGAACGGAGCCGGGCAUAAAUACAGUCGUUCUUAUGGAUUUGGUGUAUUAAAUGCGGAAGAUUUAAUAAAUGCAGCGAAGGAAUGGGAACAUGUUGAUACUCAGCAGAAGUAUACACUUCGUGGACUUUUGACACCUGAUACAGCAACGUUACGAUCUAAGGGAGAGGUGGAACUGAAGCUCGUCAAUGACAAGGAAGACAUUCAAAAGCUAGAGCACGUCCAGUUUAAUGUAUCAAUAGACCACCGUCGCCGGGGGGACCUGGUGAUCGACCUCAUCUCGCCCAGCGGCACCACUUCGCGACUGCUAGCCAAGAGGCCCCGAGACGACGGAACACGGUUAGCAUACUGGCCUUUCAUGACUGUUGAAUUUUGGGACGAGGACCCUCAAGGCGAGUGGAUUGUGAAGAUCAGGGACGAGAAGUCUGAAAACGACUACUCUCCUAGAAGCCACGGUAUAUUGUUUGACGAAGGAGAAUCCAGAGACGAACCGAGCAUCGCAAAUGAUCUUUCCCAUGGUCGCUUCAAGGAAGAUUACAUGAGCUUGUCAAAGCGAUCGAAGGAAAAGCGUCACGAAAAGUUUCCUCAGAGGAGCGAAGACCAGCCCAGUUUCCAGCGCGAGCUUAUUCAUGGACGGUUUAAGGAAGAUUAUAUGAAGUCAGUGAAAGGACCAAACCAACCCAUUAAUGUGGCUUCUGAUGAGUCGUCAAUGUGUUCACAUUCAAAGUCACUUCAAGGGCCUAUAGCUGGCUGCGUUAGGAAUUGGUCUCUUGUCAUGUAUGGUACCGCCUGAAUCUUAUAAUAGAGGGUCAUAGUAAAAAGCGUCUAAGAGCAGAUCGUCAUGGUGUAUUAAGAGCCUGUAGAAGGAGUGAGUUUUUUUUAUUGUUUUUCAGUGGAGUUGAAGUAGCACAAGGAAGCGCGUGGGAAACGCGAAAGGCGUGUCGCGCGUAAGAGGACUCCUCGAGAAAAAAAAAAAAAAACAGGAAAAAAAAAAA